AUGAGAAGUGAUAUGCGCAGACCCAGUCUGGAUGGUCGCACUAGCGACGAAGACACUCCGCUGUUGGCAGCGCCCAGACCAACAUCUAUGGCAGCAUCAUCAUCAGCAACACCAGCAGCAACGGCCGCUUCAUCCACCUGUUCUUCCAGUGGAGCGACAGUGUCCAGCAUACCCGAUCGAUUCUUCACGUUCGAACCAAUAUUGGUAUUGCUCUGCUUCGGACUCAGUGUGUCAGGGGUGGUGCUUGCGGACCAAAUUAUCUACCAGUCGUGCGUCGUUACGCUCGGCUAUGAUCGAGAGCUCUGUGCCCAGUUGGGCACCAAAAGUAACUCCACCGAUGUAGCCCAACUGGAGACGAUCGUGCAACCAUAUGCGGCAAAGAUCACGAUGGUAAACACGAUCCUGAUGUCGGUACUGCCUGCACUCUGCGCUCUGUUCAUGGGACCAUGGUCGGACAAAUAUGGCCGCAAACCGGCCAUGAUUGUUCCGUCAGUGGGCUUCAUCACCACGUACGUCAUGAUCGGCAUACUGUCGCUCCUAUCGAAACACUUCCUGGUGGAUCCUUGGUGUUACGUAGUGGCGCACAUACCGGCCGCAGUGCUGGGUGGUAGCACCGUGCUGAUGGCAGCCAUCUUUAGCUACCUGACUGAUACGACGACGGAGGAAAAUCGUACCGUACGGAUAGGUAUCCUGCAGGCGUGUACCAUGCUCGGCGCUUUCGUGGGGCUACUGUCGAGCAGCUUCAUCCUGCAGUGGACCAACGUGCCGACCAUGUUCUUCCUGUCGGCUGGUACCGUUUCUGCCAGCAGUGCCUUUCUGUACUUCUGUCUCGAGGAUAGCAUCAAGCCGGAUGCAAGCAUGGUACAUCGGCAGGUUCGCGAAAUCUUCCGGUUAAGCCAUUUGUGUGAGUUGCUUCGAACGUUCUUCAAGAAACGAUCAUCGUACGAUCGUGGCAUCGUAUGGUUAACGAUCUCAAUCGGCGUGAUAACGGUGCUGGGUGCGGGAGGUGGAACAGUAUUUUUCCUCUACACGCGACGCCGCUUUGGCUGGACGAUACAGGAAUUUACCAUCUGGCAGGCAGUGGAGCUGCUAUCGAUCGUGGCGGGCAACGUGAUCGGUAUAUCGGUGCUUAAAACGCUGCUAAAGCUACCGGACAUUUGGCUUGCGCUGCUUUCCGUCCUCAACUAUUCGCUGGACGCUCUCAUCAAGGGUCUCGCCCGACAGGGAUGGGAACUGUUUCUGGCCACCGGCAUUACACCGCUUAAGGCUACCGAAGGAGCAGCACUGAUGGCCAUCUGUUCGUCCAUUAUACCGUCGAGUGAAAUUGCUAAAUUCUACUCGAUAGCGAUGGCUAUGACAAAUACCGUUUCCUUAGCUUCGGCACCACUGUUCACGUACAUCUACAACGCGACCGUUGCAACGUCCCCGCAGGUAUUUAAUUUCGUGUCGUCGGGAAUAUUUUCUUUGAACGUCGUGCUGGUGGGAGUUAUUGCGGUGUUGCUGCGUAAGCGACGGAAAGCUCAGGUUGAUCCGCUGUUUACACAAGAUAGCGAAAUAUUAACGUGAAAAACGUGAACGUGCCAAGCCACGCCAUGUGUCCCCGGAAUGUUCCUAGUCAUGCUAAUAAAUAAUAGUUAAUGUACGUCAUGUUUU